AUGGGAUUCCCUCAGUUGAGGCGCUAUUUUGCGCGCCUGGUGCUCUAUCUGGCGAUUAGCGACCUAUGGCUUUGCACCUCCUUCCUGAUGGGCGAGUUUCGCCGACCGCAUUACACAAAGUGCACCAUCCAAUCUUUGCUUGGUGUGUUUUUUGGUCUGUCGUCCAUCCUCUGGACCGUUGCUAUUGCAGAUUCAGUUCGGCGGAUUGUCAUGGCCCGCGACUUGACCGUGGAGAGCCGGCACGAGAAAAGGCUUCACAUCGUGGGCUGGGGGCUUCCCUUGGCUUCCUUGCUGGCCGUCCUCGGCUCGGGCUCAGCGGCGCCCAGCGGCAUGGUCUGCUGGAUAGAGAACACGACUUUGGGUACUGUCCUUCGCUUCGCAACGUUUUACCUGCCCCUUUGGCUGGCUAUCGCAUAUUCUCUUUGGGUCUACUGGUGCGUAUCUCAACGCCUCACAAAACUUUUGGAGCAGGUGGCUGUAAGCAAUGCGGACGAUUACGAGGGGAAUGCGUUUGACUACAAUAAGGACAUAGAUCGACAGAGGAGGUCUCUGCGACUGAUGAUGUACCUCCCGCUGAUUCUGGUCUUUUGCUGGUCUCCCAGUUCGAUUCGGCGGCUGCUGGACAUUCUCUUUCCGCACAUGGGCCGCUCCGUGCUGGAUUACGUGUGUGUCUUUGCUGGCCCACUGCAAGGCUUCCUGAAUGCCUUGGUGUACGGUGCCACGCCUGCAGUCAGAGAUGCAAUGACAGGUCGCCUGGACAACAGUGCUGCCAAGCUCAAGAACAUCAAGGCGAAGCUGCGUUCGCUCCGGCCAAGCAGACGGCGGGACUUCCGGCAUUUGUCCGAGGCGAGCCCUGGCGAGAGCAAUGGGCAGGAGUUAAGACCUGGGCCGACCCAGUUUGGACGCUCUCACGAUGCCAUCAGCCUGGAGGACAUCUCUGUGAAGCCCACGGAGUUGGAAAAGGCCGCUGAACUUCCAGCUCCGGCGGUAGCUGGCUGA